AUGGCGUCAGCAACUAUCGCCACCGUCUCACGCUCUAGCCUUAACAACCCCACCGAUGAGCCGGCAAAGAUCACCAGCUUCAAACACAUAGCUUCAUACUCCUGGCACAAUGAAACUGCUCCCACCAUCUCGGUUCCCGCCCAACCCCUCCAAGUACGAAGUACCCCCUUUCCUCUCCUAACCGCCCCCCAAGGCUCUCCGCCCCUCUGGUCCCCUCCGACGACAACAUUCAGCCGCGUAGACCCCGACUCCGGCACAGUCUACAUCGACCAAAACGCUGCUCGCAGCCCUUCCUCCCCGCUCGAACCACUCUUCCGCGCUGCUCUGGCUGAGAACCCGGAUUUCUCGCUGCGCAACAUCGAUCUUGUCACUGACAGGGGUAACCUCCGGAAGCUGUUGCGCUUUGUGCAGGCUUCGUCGAAUGAGGUGUUCCGGAUUUUCGUUGAGGUUGUUGGGGGAGAUGGGGAUAUGGAUGGGGAUAGUAAUGCCACGGCGCUGUUUACGCGUCGUGAGACCCAGACGGUGGAGACGAUUAGGGGGUUUCGAGGGUAUGGGAGGAAUUUUGAGAAGGUUUAUACGAAGCAGCCGGCGGGUCAGUCUGGGCACCACAGGAUUGUAGGGUACAACUUCGGGGGGAUGAGGUGUGUUGUGCGGUAUGAGACGGAUGCGUAUGUCGGGUCUGACGCGGGCCUUGAUACGUUGGUGGAUGACCUGGGGGCAUUGUCGCUCUCGGAAACGGAAAGGAGGUCGUCAGGGCUUACUGUUGUCCGGUCGUCUACUACUGGAAAACAACCGGAAAUACCGGCUUCGUCGAUACUGGAGAUCAAGACACGCGCGGCGAGCCGCGUGCUGGAUAUGGCGGAGGUGUUACCGCAGCUGUGGGCUUCGCAGACGCCGAAGCUGGCGGUGGGAUACUACUCCUCUGACGGAGCCUUCAAGAAUGUGGAGGUGCGGGACAUGACUUCUGAGAUUUCCUUCUGGGAGGCAGCAAGCCGGGAAGACCUGAAGAGGCUUGUGGGUUUGCUGGGCGAUAUUAUUCGUGCCGUGCGGGGGCUGAGCGGUUGUCGAGCCGUGGUAGAGUAUACCGGGGGCUCGGAUCUACGGGUUGUUGCGGCUGGCGAGGGACAGAAACCGGCGUUGCCCGACGACUUGUACGCGAAGUGGAAGGUCAGUCCAACGGCGGGAGCGCUGGAGACUACUACCACUCGUGACGUUGAGAAGAGGGCUAAGGAGAGUGAGGAAACCAGCCCCCGGCUCAUCCCCGUCGGCACCCCUCUUGCUUCCGACAUGGAAUACGCCAUUCGCAAAGGCCCCCGCCAGUUCUUCUGCCGUCUUCCUGGUACGCUCUUCCAUUACCAUCAUCUCUGCCUGUGUCUUAGGUCUCUCUCUCCAGAGGCAGUCUCCAAAGUCCUUGGCCGCAUCAAUUUCACAUACAAGGAUAUCAUGGCCGACUUCAGGCGCGGCAAAAGCGACUACGACGACGACGAGAGACGACACAUACCCGGUGCCAAGACGGUGGCGCGCGACGCAGCAUUCCGGCUUGUCUACAUGUUCCUCUCCGACGAUGCCCGAGCCCAGGACCGGAACGCAGCCUACAAUGCCGCCUUUUUCGUGGUGUCGCAUAGGGAGAUCUUUGGGGCCAGAACUCGGGGGAUAGUUCGAGAAGUAUACGAGGACAAGUUUUCUGUUACGGACAAACAGCGGGCCGUGCUGGACAAAUGGAGCAAGGCUGAGAUUUCCGACGACAUUGACAAAGGGGAAUCUGAAACUACAGAGCCUGAAGAGCGUGGAUACCUUUAUGACAGCGACGAUUCGGACUUUUGGUAG